AAAAGUUUGAGAGCACAGAGGAUGGAUUCAUCAGCAAAGAGGAUGGAUGCAUCGUAUAGAACUAGUGCAGGGUUACUGGAAAGAAUGAGCUCUGAUCCUUUGGUGGUCCCACCUCCUGGACUAUAUGAUAUACUACCAUUGUCUCACUUUGGUGACAGAAUGGAGAGGUAUCACAGAAUUAUGAUGGCAAAAACCAGAAAAGAUAUAGCUUUGAUGGAGAUGAUCUGUAGCCGCAGGGGGAUAGAUUUAGAGAAAACCGUACAGAGAGGACGACAGGCAUUUGCUGCCCAUUUGGACAUGUCAGCCUUGAUCUCCCUUAAAGACGGAGCUGUUCAGGAAUUGGAGGAUAUUACCCUGAAACCAAUAAUAACAACAAAGUCACAGGACUUACCGUUCUCAGUGGUUGCUACGGAUUCAGCGAUACCAGAGACAGACAUUGCAGAAGUAGAGGUUGGAAUGAUGAAAACUUAUUUUAAGGACGAACUGGAUUUUAUCGAAACGCCCGUGACCAAGAGCAAGCCAAACAAGGCAAGUGAUUAA